UCACAACUAUUUGAAAGGGAAGCUUUUCAUUAUUUAUAAAUAGGAAAAGAGAGUGUCUACUCAUCUUUGAAACCCAAUUCAACAGAGUGAGUGUUCAACAUCCUCAUACAACUGAGAUAUCAUGUUCAAGUUUGUUAUCACCAGAGGAGUAGCGGCAUCUCAGCGCAACCACAAUGCUUUUGCUUCUUUCAAUUUCUCUCGGUGUGUUCAUUCAUUACCCUUUGCCACAGUAGAAGCAGAAGAGAUAUCAGGUUCUAGGCCUGCUGAAGUUCUGAACUUGGUGCAGGGUAAAUGGGUAGGAUCUUCAAACUGGAGUACAGUUGUGGAUCCCUUAAAUGGAGACUCAUUUAUCAAAGUUGCGGAAGUUGAUGAAUCAGGCAUUCAGCCCUUCGUGAAAAGCUUGUACGGCUGUCCAAAACAUGGUGUGCACAAUCCUUUUAAGGCACCAGAGAGAUAUCUUAUGCUUGGAGAUGUAUCUACUAAGGCAGCUCACAUGUUAUCGCUUCCUAAGGUUUCAGAUUUCUUUACAAGGCUAAUUCAAAGAGUUUCUCCAAAGAGUUACCAGCAGGCUUUUGGGGAAGUUUAUGUGACACAGAAGUUUCUAGAGAAUUUCUGCGGAGACCAGGUUCGAUUCCUGGCAAGGUCUUUUGCAGUGCCCGGUAAUCAUCUUGGACAGCAAAGUCAUGGUUUUCGUUGGCCAUAUGGCCCGGUGGCAAUUAUUACUCCCUUUAAUUUUCCGUUAGAGAUUCCAGUACUUCAACUGAUGGGUGCACUUUAUAUGGGCAACAAACCAACCCUUAAAGUCGAUAGCAAGGUGAGCAUUGUUAUGGAGCAAAUGUUGCGCCUGCUUCAUACAUGUGGUCUACCUGUAGAAGAUGUAGACUUCAUAAAUUCUGAUGGAAUGACAAUGAACAAGCUGUUGCAAGAGGCAAAUCCACGAAUGACACUUUUUACUGGUAGUUCAAGAGUGGCAGAGAAGUUGGCAGUUGAUUUGAGUGGCCGUGUUAAAUUGGAAGAUGCUGGAUUUGACUGGAAAAUACUGGGUCCUGAUGUCCAUCAGGAAGAUUACGUUGCAUGGGUAUGUGACCAGGAUGCAUACGCAUGCAGUGGUCAGAAGUGCUCAGCACAGUCAUUGGUAUUUAUGCAUGAGAACUGGUCUAAUACUUCCUUGAUAUCUAAGUUGAAAGAUCUUGCUGACAGAAGAAAGCUAGAGGACUUGACAGUUGGCCCAGUACUCACUUUUACCACCGAUUCAAUGCUAGAACACAUGAAUAAAUUACUUGAGAUACCUGGAUCAAAGCUGCUCUUUGGCGGUCAGCCUCUGGAGGACCAUUCAAUUCCAUCGAUUUAUGGUGCUAUUAAACCCACUGCCAUUUAUGUUCCUCUUGAGGAAAUUAUGAAGGAUAAGAAUUUUGAACUUGUGACUAAAGAAAUUUUCGGACCUUUUCAGGUUAUUACUGACUACAAAAGCAGUCAACUAUCAAUUGUGUUGGAUGCUUUGGAAAGAUUGCAUGCGCAUUUAACUGCUGCUGUAGUUUCAAAUGAUCCUCUCUUUUUACAGGAAGUCAUUGGCAACACAGUUAAUGGUACUACUUAUGCUGGUCUAAGAGCAAGGACAACUGGAGCUCCACAGAAUCAUUGGUUUGGACCUGCUGGGGACCCUAGGGGUGCAGGAAUUGGAACACCAGAGGCAAUAAAACUUGUAUGGUCUUGCCACAGAGAAAUUAUCUAUGAUGUUGGGCCUGUGCCAAAGCAUUGGGAAAUUCCUCCAUCAACUUAAAAAGUCUAGUCAACGACAAUGAGUUUAGAGAUGUAGAUGGUGAGACAGUAUGUAUUACUGAGGCAGUAAAAGAGGUCAUGUCACAACACCUCCCAAGACAUGUUUUUAGAUUUUAGAAUAAAUUCAGGGAAAUUAUGAAUGUUGAUUAGCUUUUUUUUUUACUAAUAUAUAUGGUGUAGUCAAUUUUCCCUGGAUGUUAUUUUCAAGUGAUAAAAGGAACAAAAUUUAUUAAUGCUAGACCAACAAAAGAUUGCU